CUUUGAUUGCCACGUGCAUUUCACUCACCAUACGCCAUUAUCAAAAGCCCCCUCUUAUUUCUUCGUGGUUCGUGCCUUCUCAGUUCUCAAUCCAGCAAAUUUGGGUCACCUCACUCAUCUCACUCCCUCCGAUUCUUCCCUUGUCCAAAUCUUUGUUUGUUACUCAAAUCUUGACGUUUACUAUCAAUGGAGGUUACGACGAAUUUUAGCGAUGAAGAUGCGGCGGCAAUGGUGGCGGAGCUUCGAGGUACUUUUACGAGUGGAAAAACUAGGAGUUAUGAAUGGAGAAUUAGUCAAUUGAAAGGGAUUUUGAAAAUGAUGGAAGAUAAUGAGAACGAGAUCGUUGAUGCUCUUCGUUCUGAUCUUAAUAAACCAGCUUUUGAAUCCGUCUUAUAUGAGAUUUCAAUGUUAAAGUCCUCGUGUAAAGUGGCACUUACAGAGUUGAAGCAUUGGAUGAAGCCAGAAAAGGUUAAAACUACAAUAGUUGCAUUUCCUUCAUCAGCAGAAAUAGUAGCAGAACCAUUAGGGGUUGUGCUAGUUAUCUCUGCCUGGAAUUACCCAAUUCUGUUAUCCCUUGAUCCAGUUGUUGGGGCCAUAGCAGCUGGUAAUGCUGUGAUCUUAAAACCAUCUGAAGUUUCUCCUGCUACAUCUUCAUUGCUGGCAAAAUAUGUGGGGCAAUAUCUGGACAGUUCUGCGAUCAGAGUUGUAGAGGGGGCAGUUUCUGAAACAUCUGCUCUCCUGGAGCAAAAAUGGGAUAAAAUAUUUUAUACAGGCAAUGGAAGAGUCGCACAUAUUGUGAUGACAGCUGCUGCCAAGCACCUUACCCCAGUUGUGUUGGAACUUGGUGGAAAAAGUCCAGUAAUAGUGGAUUCUGAUGUGAAUUUAAAAAUUACUGCCAGAAGAAUUAUUGCAGGAAAAUGGGGGUGCAACAAUGGGCAGGCGUGUAUCUCACCUGAUUAUGUUAUCACGUCAAGAGAUUUUGCUCCUAAAUUGAUAGAUGCUUUGAAACGUGAGUUGGAGAGGUUUUAUAGUUUGGAGCCACUUGAAUCAAAUGAUUUGUCUCGAAUUGUAAAUUCCAACCAUUUUGAUCGUUUGGUAAGACUUCUGGAUGAGGAUAAAGUUGUUGGUAAGAUUGUGCAUGGGGGUCACAGAGAUAAAUCUAAAUUAAAAAUCGCUCCCACAUUACUGCUGGAUGUUCCACAUGACUCUUUAAUCAUGAAUGAGGAAAUAUUUGGUCCAUUGCUUCCUAUUGUCACGGUCGACAAGCUCAAAGAAAGCUAUGAUAUGAUAGCAUCGAGAACAAAACCCCUAGCCGCGUACCUAUUCACCAACAACAAGACCCUGAAGAAUGAAUUUGUGAGGACUGUUUCUGCAGGAGGUUUAGUCAUUAAUGACUCCGCCAUACAUCUUGCAGUUCACACUUUACCAUUUGGUGGAGUGGAAGGGAGUGGAAUGGGUUCAUACCAUGGAAAGUUUUCUUUUGAUGCCUUUAGCCACAAGAAAGGGGUACUUUACCGAAGCUUUCUAGGCGAUGCUCCUGCUCGAUACCCACCUUACACCAAUGGAAAAAUGAAUUUGUUGAAAGCUUUAUUUGGUGGAAGUAUAUUGGGCAUAUUACGAGCUUUGAUCGGAUUGGUUGGUUGUCGUUCUUACCCUAAAAAGAAAUCUGAAUAGUAAACUCCUAUUUAUACGUGCAUCAUUCAUUUGUGUAUUUAAGUUUGGCUAUUUUCGUUUAACAUCAUAAAUAGUAUCGUUUCCGUCAAAAAAUAUUCAGAGACCUAUCUUAUGUAUAUUUGCAUGUGGUGAUCAUUGGUUGUUAUUUAUACAACGGAGCAAAAUCCGACUCCGAAUUACUGUACUGUGAACGCUUUCAAUGUUAUCAAUCAAAUUUUCUUGUUAGCA